UAUUCUUAACCUUUACUAGAAGUCACAGGAUGUCAGCAUUUCACACAAAGACUAUCGCCAGUGUUUUGGAGCCUGUUGCUCAGCAGGUUUCGCACUUGGUGGUGCUCUAUGAAGCUGGACAGCAAGGGCAGGCCAUGCCUGACCUUGUCGAUAACAUUCAGCUUGUUCUUACCUGUGUCAGCAAUCUGGCUACUGUUGCUGAAAGCACUGCCAAGCAGAGUAACGAUGCUACAUUUAUUAGAGAUUUUCCUUCUGCUAUGGAUGCAGUAAAUAACAGCAGUACCGCUCUUAACGAAGCAGUUCUGGAACUGAGAACUGAUCCGUACAGCAGUAAGGGGCGGCGCAAGCUCAUUACAGGCGCUAAAGGAAUUCUAACAGGAACGUGUGAUCUGCUGCUUAUGUAUGACGAAAGCGAGGUGAGGAAAAUAGUGAAAAACUGUGAGGCUGUGAGAAGCUAUUUCCCCGUCUGCUUGGAGGUCGGGACUCUGGAGGACUUGAGUUUUUACAUAAAGAAUUUAACUCCUGGUUUGACUCAAGUGUGCAAGGCUGUUAAGAACAGAGCCGACGAGCUGCUUCACAAGCCAUAUGCUGAUAUCCUGAGAAGGGAAACGGAACAACUUAAGAAAUUUGCUCCAAUGUUGAUCGGAGCCAGCAAGAGUUUGAUAAAUGCACAGGGAAAUGAGGAGUUGACCAAUGCUGCCCAUCAGAACUUAGACACGACUAUUGAGAAGAUGAAUGCUUCAAUGAAGGAGAUAAUCAGAGUUUUGCUCAUGAAAGAUCCAGAUUAUGGGAAGAAGAUCAUAGCAGAUUUCCAUCCUCUUGCAUUGGCAAAGGAUGCCGUUAUGGCAGAUUGUAACAGAGUGAGAGAUUGGUUAAAGCACGGCAAGUUGACUGAUGCUGAGGGACUGAAGUGCGCCACUGAACUCAUAUCUGCUGGAAAGGAGCUGGCUGCAGGAGUAUCUGGGCCUAAAGGAGAGGAGAUUGGCGAGGUUGUCAAGGCUAUUGACGGAAUCGUUAACGAUCUAAAGAAUCUUGGAGAUGCUGGAUCUGAAACGGACAAGGCAGCUCUCAAAAAGGCUCUCUUGGAGAACGUUGAAAAACUGGACACGCUCGUCAAGAACACUGAUGUUCUAGCUUCCACACCUAGCGGUGCUGUUUCCCGCCGGAUUGAGGACGCUAAACGGUGGGCUAAAAGCGGAGACAACCUCUCCAGCGAGACAAAUGCUAAUUUCUCUGACCUGCUGACUACCAGCAGAGCCGUUGCUAAGGCUACCAGUGGGAAGGAAGGAGCUAUGAUUGAGAAGAGUAUAGAUAAGAUCGAGGAGCUGUUGCAGGAGGCGGGGCGUCUUGAAUUGGAAAUUGGAAAUAACAAGGGUAAAGCAGACAACAGAGCGAGGAUCCUAGCGUGGUUAGCUCAACUAAAUAACCAAGUUAAGAUGGCAGAUGAGAAGAACAUCCUGCCGAGUGAAGUUGUGAACGCAGGAGUCGGUCAGCUGUCUGAGUGGGCUAAGGAUAGUCCGGCGGUGAGUGACGCGAAUGCGCACCAUGCGUACAACAAAGUCUUGGAAGUCAGCAAAGCUGUGUCAGAGGGACUGAGUAAGGCAGAACGAGACCAGGUUGAGGGGCUGAUAGCUGAGGUUGGGGAGGCGAUGGAGUCUUAUCAGGCUGUAAUCCAGGGACCUACUCCUACUCAUGCUGCUAUCAAGAAGAGUCAGGCAACCCUCCUGCAGGCUGUCCAUAAGAUAGGUACAGUUUUGGAGAAAGCCGAUAUGACUGGAGACAAUGCAGCUGAGAAUGUCACCACAGGUGUUGAAAGAGUCUGUGAUCUGGUGGACGCUAACAAGGUCGGAGCUAGUCCUAAAGUUGAGCAGAGUAUUCGUCAAACUGUCGACAAAGUGGCCGCUAUCGGAAAAGCUGUUGCUCACCACAACCCUGGUCCAGAAGGUGAUAGAAUCAACGAACUUUGUGACAAUGUAAAACAUUACAUAUCCCAGAGGACGUGGGUCAUCAACAACCCAGAAAAAGUCACUCCGGAGAUGGUGGCAGCUAACAGUGCCAAUAUUAAGGACGCUUUGAGAGAGUUGGAGUCUAAAAUUACAGCUGUGGAACAAGACAGAGAUGAGGGUACGGAGCUGGUGAGUGCGGUUAGCGCAGCGCAACAGUGGGCAAGCACCGGAAAGGGUGGAGACGCGCAGGGAACCACCGCUGUCGGAAAAGUAAUUUCUCAGAGCAGGUAUCUAGCCCGAGGACUAAACACAAGAGAUAAACGAGAGAUAUUCGACCUCUGUCAGGAACUUGAGGAUCUUAUUGAUGAAUACAACCGGGCCCCUGAGGGUAGAAAGAGAGCCCUGAGGUCCCAGAUAGCAGAUAAGAUGAACGCUGUAAAACAAGCAGCUCGUAAAGCUAACACCUCCGCAGUACCUGGAACGGAAACAGCCGGAGGACUUCCCGAAUGUUCUGAGAUUAUUGACGAAUGGCUGGACAGAGACGAGCCUAUUCGCAGUAAAGCCGGUGAGCGAGCAGUGGAGGAUGUUAUUGAUAUGGCUGCCGCACUGGCUAAAAACAUCGGAGGACCGGUAGGAGAGGCUAUCAAAGCACAGACAGAGAAGGUCGCCAAACUUCUCAGGCAUUUACAAGACGUCAUUGAUGAUCCUAAGUCAACUCCUGAGCAGAAGAGAGCUGCCCAAGCUGAGCUCAAGGAAGCUAUCACCGAACUGAAGAAAGCUUGCAACGAUCAUUUGGCGUCAAAAGUUGUUGACACAUAUGUGGACAUUACAGGACCUAUCAUGGAACUGCAGGCCGCUGCUCUCGCUCCCCUUGCUCCUCCCGAGAAAGCUGUGAAGUUCAACGCCAAAGCUGCAGACUUCUCAUUACACGCUGAACAACUGUGCCGCGUGGCCGAGGUUGCUACUGACGUUGGUUGUGACGAAGAUCCUCACAGACAUGACAACAUUAAGUUGAGUAUCGAGGCUCUGAGAGAUGCCACACCAAUGGUUGUGUACUCUGCUAAAACUCUGUCCCUUAACCCUGACUCUGAGAGUGCCAAGGAGAACUUUGACCUGGUAAAGCAGCAGUGGGUAACAGAGGCGGUCCGACUGAGGACUGAUGUAGAUAAAUGUGUGAAACCUACUGACUUCUUAGUGGAGUCUGAGAGGAAGUGCAAGGAGGAGGGAGAAGCCGCUAAAGCACUCAUGAAGACCAGUCCGAAAGAAGCAGUUGUGAAAGUGGCGAUGGUACAGAAGAUAACAAACAGAGUGCUUGAAGUCACGGACGCUGAGUUGGAGAACUUGGGGGACUGUGAAUUCCGGGUCAAACUUGUGAAUCAUAGAGCCAACUUGCAGCAUGCCAUACAGCAUGCUGGUCAAGCUACAAACGAGCACAUCAAGGGACAAGCAACAGACCCUGCAGCUUUUGAUAAGUCUAUAACAGAGGUUCACAUGAACAUAAGCUAUAUCAAGGAAGAGAUGGUUGGUUUCUACCUGCCACUUCCACCUCUACCUGAGCUAAUACCACCACCUAUCGUAGAGGAGGAAGAGGAGAAACCUCCAGCAAGAGUUGAUCCUGAGCCUAAAUCAGCCAUAGCCGCUAAACCAGCCAUAGCUGCUAAGCCAGCUAUAGCGGCUAAGCCAGCGCCUAUAGCAGCUAAGCCCGUGCCUAAGGCAACGCCUAAGGCAGCGCCUAAGUCAGCGCCUAAUUCAGCGCCUAAGUCAGCGCCCAAGCCUCCAGUUCCUGUAGAUUCUGACGAAGAAGAGGACGCCUUUGACGCUUCAGCUCCUGCCCCUGAUCCCGUUGAAGCUCCCAUCGAGCACGCAGCGUUCAAGUUGAGACAAGAGACAGCUAAGUAUAUAGAAGAGGACAACGACAUGAUAGCAGCAGCCAGGAAGAUAGCUCAGAAGUUCCAACAAAUGGCUAAGUACACAAAGGGUCGCCGUGAAAUGCUGGAGCUUGGUGCCACCGAGGGCGAUUCGGACAGCAGUGGGCGAGAGAAGUCAGAGUUCAGCUCGAUGACGGACAUGAUAAAGACUUGCAAAGAAAUCAUUGCACUCACGAAGAAUAUUCAGAAACAUGCUGCGAUGAUCAGUAAGAACUGUCCUGAUAAGAGACUAGUGAUGAGUCUAGCGAACAGCAUGGAACCUAUUGGAAUGUUAUCUCAACAGCUCAACAUCAUCGCCUCCGUCAAGGCAUCAGCCAGUGGCAAAUACAACGAAGCAGCUGAAGUGGAAGCGGACGAGAUGCUGACAAUAAACGCUCAGAACCUCAUGAAAAGUGUUAGAGACACAGUCCGAGCGAGCGAGUCCUGCUCGGUCAAGAUGCUUAGUAACCCGGCUGCAAACAACCUUCAGUUCAGACGCAAGCGGUAGUGCAAGGGUAGUCUUUAUUAGUGGAACAAGCUGGAAUUGGUAGUGCGACGAAUAUUCUUAGACUUUCAUUUUUUGUAACGAAUUUAUUUUUGAUAAAAGGUGUCGUUAAGGCAGCAUUAGUUCACUUUGUUAUAAGGUAAGAGUAUGAGAAACUUUUGAUUAUAUAUACAAAUUUGUGCAUUUUUAAUUUUGAAAACACACUUUGAGUUUAAAUCUUAGCUUUGAAAUUUAUAGAUAUUCAAAUAUUUCGUUCUAUUGCGCAAUUUCAUUUUCAAGCAAGAUCAAAAUCAAAAACUUCAUGCAUUGUUAUUUUUUUAGUGUGAGUGAGAUUACUUUGAAGAGAUGAAAAAAUUAUCUUUCUACAUUAAACAAAUGUUCAGCGAUUUGUCAAAAAUGUUUGUAAAUCAA